AUGCCUGACGUCCCCAUGAAAACUCCGCCCGCCUCGGGUACAUCCACGCCCGUACCCCCAGCGGCACCAGCACCACAGACGCCCCCCUCCAAGUCUGGCACUUCCACCCCCGAGCCCACCACCCCGAACAUGAAUGGCAGUCUGGAAGCCAAGCCCGCGGCCGACGGCAAGGUCGAGAGCGACACCAGCAAGCUGAAGACGUUUCUUUCCAUCCUGAGAAGGUUCAUUGGCGUGUCAGACAUUGCGGCAGUGAGGUUCAGUCUGCCAGCACAACUCCUCGAGCCGAUACCGAAUCUGGAGUACUGGGGGUACCUCGACCGGCCGGAGACGUUCGUCGCCAUUGGGGACAGUGAAGAUGCCUUGGGACGGAUGCUGGGCUGUCUACGGUUCUGGUUCACGAAGGAUCUGAAAUAUGUAAAGGGAAAACCCUGCAAGCCAUACAACAGCACACUCGGCGAGUUCUUCCGGUGUCAGUGGGAGGUGGAGGACACUGCACAGUCACUUCGAGGUGAAGAGAAGAAGACCAACCAACACGAGACGGCAGCAGCUCCGGAGGGCGAGACGACGAAGGGCAAGCCCGUGAAGGUGUCGUACCUUACGGAGCAGACCUCACACCAUCCGCCAGUAUCGGCCUUCUACAUCGACUGUCCGGACAAGGCAAUCAGUGCAAGAGGCUAUGAUCAGCUGUCGGCCAAGUUCACCGGAACCAGCGUGCGAGUGAUUCCAGGACAGUACAACCAAGGCAUCUUCGUCCAAUUACACAACCGCGACGGCGAGGAGUACCAGAUGACGCACCCAGCUGCAUUCCUGGGCGGCUUCCUGCGAGGCAACCUGCACGUCACAGUGUCUGACACCUGCUAUAUCACCUGCAAAAAGAGCGGCAUCAAAGUCAUCCUUCACUACCUAGAAGAGGGCUACUUCGGCAAGACGCAGAACAAAGUCGAAGGUGUCGUCUACAAGUGUGACGUGGAGAAGGACAAGCGGUCCAAGAUCAGCGACGUUCCAGACGCGGACGUUCUUGGCAGGAUCGACGGCAACUGGCGAGAUAAGGUCUACUUUUCCUACGGAUCCAAGGCCUUCAAGAAGGUGUCAGACUCCGAUAAGACUCUUCUGAUUGAUCUUAACCCUCUUGAGCAAAUUGCAAAGAUCUGUCCGCCGAUGGAGAAGCAGCUGCCCAACGAGAGCCGGAGGUUCUGGAACGACGUCACAGUAGCGAUUCAGAACAAGCAGUACUCCACGGCGACGAACCGCAAACAGGAGCUCGAAGAGACCCAGCGACAACGGGCAGCGCAACGGAAAGGCGACCUGAAGGAGUGGGCUCCGAUCUACUUCACCAACGCGACAGAGAAUGACGGCAAGCCUUUCCUGAACGACACAGGCAAGGCGGCGAUGGACGGCAUGCACAAGAACCAGUGGGACUUGGAGAUACCUUCCGAGUACGGACAGAUGUUUAAGUGA